ACGAUCACGUGGUGGGGGGGGCGAGACCCGGAACUAAGCCUGGGUCACGUGGCAGUUGUCAUGGAGAAUGAGGUAGCGGAGGAGGGGCAGCCAGGGGGCGCGCGCUGCCGCCCGCCCUGGGGGAGGGCACCGCCCCGCCCGGCUCCGCCCCGGCAGGACACUGACAGCAAGGCAGCGGAAUGGAGAGCAAGUGCUGUCGUCACUCUGCGGUUUGCUCCAAGACAACCAUCUACACCUUUCUACUUGGAGGAGUCUUCAUUGCUCUGGGCUCGAGUCGAAUCCUCCUGAUGAAAUAUUCUGCCAAUGAAGAUAACAAAUAUGAUUAUCUUCCUACGACAGUGAACAUAUGUUCUGAAGUAGUAAAACUGUUCCUGUGCGUGGUAUUGGCACUAUGGGUUAAGAAAAAAGAGGGCUGCUUGGAUCAUCCAUUUGGAUGUCUUUCCUGGAAGAAUUUUUGUAAUUCCAUGAAAUGGUCGAUUCCUGCCUUUCUUUACUUUUUGGAUAACUUGAUUGUCUUCUACGUGCUGUCCUACCUCCAGCCGGCAAUGGCUGUCCUCUUCUCAAAUUUUGUCAUUAUAACAACAGCUCUUCUCUUCAGGAUAGUGCUAAAGCGAAAACUCUCUUGGGUACAGUGGGCAUCUCUGGUCAUCUUAUUCCUAUCCAUCGUCGCCCUGACACUAGGAACUGGAGGCCAUCAGCAGAGCUUGGCUGUACACGGGUUCCAUCACAGUAUGUUUUUCAGUCCAUCUAACCACUGCCUUCUUUCUGAUGGACUGGAGGAAAUGUGCAUGGAAAAUGGUAGCUGUGGAGCACCAAGAUUCCUUCCCGUCUUCCAGUGGAAUGUCACAAGUACCAUGGCAGGAGCAUUGAAACCUCUACGACUCAGUCUGGGACAUCUGCUUAUUCUAGUGCAGUGUUUCAUUUCUGCCCUGGCUAACAUCUACAAUGAAAAGAUAUUGAAAGAUGGGGAUCAGCUUGCUGAAAGCAUCUUCACACAGAACAGCAAACUGUAUGCCUUUGGGGUGUUGUUCAAUGGACUGAUGCUAGGCCUACAGGCUAAGGACCGGAGGCAGAUAGGGAAUUGUGGUUUCUUUUAUGGGCACAACGUCUUCUCAGUGGCUCUCAUAUUUGUCACUGCUUUCCUGGGGCUGUCUGUAGCCUUCAUCUUGAAGUUCCGAGACAAUAUGUUCCAUGUUAUGACAGCUCAGAUCACCACUGUCAUCAUCACCACUGUGUCUUUUGUCAUCUUUGACUUCAGGCCUUCCUUAGAGUUCUUUUUGGAAGCUCCUGUAGUGCUUCUUUCCAUAUUCAUCUAUAAUGCCAGUAAACCAAGAGGCCUGGAAUAUGCUGCUAUGAGGGAAAGGGGCAAGCUCUUCAAAGGAGACGCAUGGGAGAGGUCAAGUGGGGAUGGAGAAGAAUUUGAGAGGCUGAACAAACCAAGCAGUGACAUCGAUACAGAUGAAGAUUCGCUCUAGCAUGGAGCAGGCUGAGAAGAAUGCUAUUACUCAUAGUGAACAAGUUGGAGUGAUUCUGUUGGAUUGGCCAGGCAGGUUUCUUUUAAUAAUGGAAGAGAACUGUGUAUUCUCUCAGCAGUAACAGGAACAUUAACUGUCUAAAAAUGGGUAAGGACUUAAUAUAAACUUAGCAAUAAAAAGUGCAUAAUCAAUUCAGAAAUAUGACCAUGCAAUUCUGUGCAGUCAUACUGCCCAUGGCAAUAGUCAAAUGUAAUGUGUGUAUGACAUUUGUUAGAGAAAGUGACUAUAACCACUGUCAGCUGAAAAACAACUCUGGUUAGCAAGUGAGGCUGUUUUGUAGAGCAAUACCUAGCAAAUAGAUCAUGUGACCCCUACUGCAAUAACAGUGGUUAAGUAUUUCCACUGUGUGGUCCUUCACCUACUCUGUGUCACAAAGUUUUUUUUUUUUUUUUUUUUUGCUUCUCCAACUUACUAUUUUUCUUCUCAAAUGGCAAUAAGGAAUUUUAUUAGGAGCUUUUUGGAGAUCAGUAUUACUUUGACACAUAGUCUUUAAUGAGGGUGUUGGACAGAAAGCUCUUUUGAAGUUGUGAUUCAGAGCCCAGAUUCACAAACGUUUGAACUUUAUCACUGUUAGAAUGUUACGUUCCUCCCUUGAGUGGGAGAAAUUUGUUCAUAAAACCUCUGAGGAAGAGAGAUCUCUUCAUGUUUCUCUUGUUUAUAACAAGUUUGUUAAAGUAAUUUUUGUUUUGGUUAAUUUCAGCUACUUUGCGAAUGUAGAAACCAAGCCAUUGUGCUUGAAGGACAGCCUGUGGAUUAAAACAGCUGUUUUGAGCUGAAUCAAAUCCCAGAAAUAUGUAUGAGAAAAAAGUUUAGAAAUUUUCCUUCAUCGCGUGGAAACUUCACACUCAGAACUGUAAAAAUAGGACCUGAGUCUCAAUAAACCUGUCUUCAGAGUGAUGCUGCAGGGACAGAAGCGAUAUUUUUUUAUCUGAUCUGCGUUUGGCAAAAUGAAAUGUUGGUUUGGAGUAGUGUCUCUCUCUGACACUUGGCAUCUUUGUGGUAACUAUAUAUUGCUGUUAAAAGGAUUAGUGUUCCUCUAGACUUUGCUUUUAGUUUUCCACAGGGAGAGGUAAGUUGCAAAAUCAGGAUUUUAAACCAUUGCUAAAAGUUCUUAGUAAUUUUGAGCCAGUUUGUAAUGAAGGCACAAGAAUGUAGAAUCAUACUGAGUGUCUCAAAUUUUAUGAAUAUUGAAAUGUACAGUUUUCGUUAAGAGCACAUCCCCAACCUCCCUUAUCAGUGGACAGCUUGUUUAGAGUUGCUUUUUUGUAAUGCAGCUCCCACAGCUAAUGCUGGGUUUGAUACUUGCACAACUUGGAUUAGGCAUUUCCCUCUCUUUUGUAAGUUUACUGUCUCUUCCUCCUGCUCAGCACGGGAUGUUCAGGUUCCAUGUUUUGUACUGUCAAUUAAAAGGGCUUUCAUUUUUCAUUUGCAUGAAAAAUAAGAUUACAGGAAAGUUGAAAUGAACACCUGAAAGAAAACACUCCGGAGAUGUUUCUCCUUUUGUCAACAGGCGGUGGCUGUUAGGUACACUUUCCUCUGCUUUUGCUUUAGGCAAAGAUGGUUAGGUAACUGACCUUAAUGCAUUGGUUCAGUAAGUACUUGUUCCCUAAAACUGAGCUAUGGGACUUGGUCUUUUUUUCUAGAAUGCUUUCAGGUCUAUGACUUCUCUUAAAAAAAAAAAAAUCUGUCCUCUUUGUUUGUUUAUUUUCUCUAUCCACUGCUUUCAGCUGCAAAAGUUCUGUAGAUAAAGAGAAGGCUUGGAAGUUCUCUGCAGGCGGCAGUGCUCUCAGAAAGGGUCUGUCAGAAAUCAACCUUAGCCCACUUAGCUCCAGAUAUAAAGCUGAGAGGUUUAAGAUAGAAGCAGUAUCCUGUGUUGGCUAGACCUUGUGGCAGAGAGCAGACAGCCCUGGAGGGUGACUAGCUGUUUAAUGCAAAGGAACAACUGGCCAGGCCCUGUGACCUCUUGACAUCCGUCUGCCUUUCAGAAGGGCAAGCAAGAUAUGACCUUUUAUGACUAGGUUUCUAAGGAAAGUAUCUGGUUUGAGGUGAACUCAUUGCUCUACCCAGUUUUGUAUUGUUUAUUCCCUUCCCCCUCCCUUCCCUCCAGAAAAAAACAAAAAAAUCCACAACUGGAGAGAAAAAAAAAAGUAGAAAAAAGGGAAAUACUAAA